AUGGCGGACGACGGGCUCGUUUACCUGCUAUCUCUUGAUGGUGGAGGAAUCAGGGGCAUAUCGGAACUCGUCAUACUACACGAGAUUAUGAAACGGCUCAAAGAAGUGGCUGGCCUUAAGGAAGAGCCCAAGCCGCGGGGCUAUUUCCACUUGAUAGGUGGCACAAGCACCGGAGGGACUUUUAAAGAGGCAACGCUCGACAAAGUCAUUCGAGACAUCGUGGCACAAAGGAGGCUAGAAAAGACCGUCAUGCUCGACACCGGCGGUGAAAAGGGCGUCACCUUCGUCUGCGCCGCUACCUAUAACGAUCACACCCCUUACCUCUUCCGGACAUAUCGGGCAAACAGCAGUCAAUCCGUUCCAGUUGCUGACGCGCCUGGGACCAUGACUCCAACACAUAACCAUGCCCACCAUGUCGAGAUAUGGGAAGCUGCUCGGGCAACGACCGCGGCACCGACUUUCUUCCAUCCCAUCUCUAUCAAAAUCAAAGCGGAAAUGGACGCGUACGUGGACGGAGCCCUGAGGUUCAACAAUCCCGCCCGCCUUGUGCUCAACGAAGCCGAAUCACAAUUUGGUUCCGGAAGAAAGCUGGGAUUUGUCUUGAGCCUGGGGACCGGGCUGAAAACCGCGGACAAAGGAUCCAACGUCGUUCCCAGCAUGGAAGAAGUGGCGAGAAACACCGAGCCCGUGAGAAAGAACAGCGGCGCCCUGCUGUCAAGGGGCACCUUCAAGGUGCUCAAACAUGCAAAGCAAUCUAUAACCGACCCGGAGCCGGCGCACAGCGCGCUAGAAGAGCGGUUCCGGGGCACGCCUUACGCCUACUUCCGUCUCAACUUGGACCGCGGCGCCGCGGAUAUCAAGCUUCAUGAGUACAAGAAGAUUAAAGCGCUACGAGCGGCCACCGAGCAGUAUCUACGGAAAGUUCAGGUGUUCGCGGACAUCGAUAAAGUGGUAAGCAUGUUGCACAAUAACGAAGGUGUCAACAUGCCUCUGGAUGCCGCGUUUUACAGACUUGUACGGAUCGCGGUGUGUGCUCGUUCUGUUCAUUCUCUUGCCCUUUCCGUGGGGUUCGCCAAUUUUGACACCAGUUAUCUCAGGUUUGCCCGGGUCUUUUGGAACAACGCCGCCACUGAGGACUGCAUUUACGAGUCCCCCAGGCUAAUGACAGCCACACUGUUUGGAGGGGAACCAAGUAAACCAGACAUCGGGCGUGUGCUCCAGUGGCUAGAGCGCAAUACAAAGGAAGAGUGGCUCUUGGUAUUCGACAACAACGAUUCGAUCGACAGCCGAGCAGAUGCUCACCUGGAUCGCGGAGUGCGAAGAAGAGAAGGGCGCCAAAAGCCCGCAGCUUCGCAGUGCGGUCGCGGCGCUGGCAACGACGAUGCAGCUCGCGGGCCAUAUCGACAAGGCCGAGAGCCUGGAGGCAACGUCGUUGGCGUGGUGCAGAGAGAACCCUAA